AUGGCCCCUUGUCCCACCUGCUGGGACCUGGAGGGCUGGGCUGGGUGGCUGGGCAGUAACAGCCCCCAUACCCUGGCGUCCACAGGAAUCCCCACUGUGACUCAGGCCUGGGGAUUGUGGGCCCUCUUAGGGGCUGUGACGCUGCUGCUUCUCAUCUCACUGGCUGCACACUUGUUCCGAUGGACUAGUGGCCGGAACAGAAGCCAUCCGGGACAGGGACGCUCUGGAGGAUCUGUGGAAGAGGUCCCCCUAUAUGGGAACCUGCCUUAUCUUCAGACUGGUCGGCUGUCUCAAGAACCGGGGCCAGACCAGCAAGAUCCAGCUCCUAGAGACCCCGUCAUGGCUACAGAGAAAGUGAUGUGCUAUACCAGCCUGCAGUUGCGGCCUUCUCAGGGCCAUCUCCCCAGCCCCGGAACCCCCAUCAAGUACUCAGAGGUGGUGCUGGAUUCUGAGCCAAAGCCCCAGGCCUCAGGCCCCGAGCCGGAGCUGUACGCCUCAGUGUGUGCCCAGACCCGCAGGGCGCGGGCUUCCUUCCCAGACCAGGCCUAUGCCAACAGCCAGCCUGCACCCAGCUGAGACGGAGGAGCUGGCAGAGUGGGACGAUCAUCACCCCAGCCUCCUCUGCUGCAGGGGUUACUGCUACCCUGCCCCACCAUGACUGUUUCCCAACCACCCCCCAAAGACAGGUAGUAAAUGUCUGGUCACAGGAGGUAAUGUUUCCCAAACUUCCCCUCUAAGUGAGGGAGACACUUCAGGGGAACGAGUAGGUCCCUGGUUUCUUGGGGAUGGAGGAAACUAUCUAUUCCCCUAAGGCCCCAAGCUCCCGAGUUACUUACUUCCUGUCCUUGUGGAUUUUAACCAGAUCCUCUCUGUUCUGGCUCCCUUAAAGUCUAUAGUUCGGUGUCCCCUCAGAUACCGGAAAUGGGCAGUGGUGGAGGGGGUAACCGCCUGAGAGGAGAAGGGUGGGUAUUUCCUUGGGACCCCAUAGUCUGGAGGGAUCCUGGAACCUAGCGACCUGAGGAACCCAAGCCUAGCUUCUUAUCUGAGAACACUGGCUGGAGAAUACCAGCCCACAUCCUGCUGCCUCUGUUAUGUCCCCAAGUUUUCAAAUAAAACUUCUCAGAAAGUGUUUAGAUUUUUAUCUAGAGGCUUCAGACCUGCAACAGGCGCUAUGUGGUGGGUUUGUGAGCUUUGCUCUCUGUACAGAGCACUUCUGGGGGCGCCUUGCUGGACCAAGAGUGUCAGUGGCAUCAACACUGCCAGGGAGAGUGCUAGGGGUGGAGGCUGGAGCCCAGCUCAAGCUGUACUUGCUGCUAGAUCAUCGUUAGAAUUUGCACUCAGAGCCACCCCACUCCCAUCACCUGGUGUUGCAAGCUCCCCAGCUCCUGACCCACUCUCCCCAUGGCCUCUAUGAUUGU